AUGGGUACCCUGAACCAGGAAGUAUCCCAGCUCACCAAGGACCUGCACCACAUGAUGCACCUGCUUCAGACGCAGAUGGCCGUGCAGCACUACAGCGCCUCGAUCCCCUCCUACCCUUACGGCAUGCACAUGGUGCCCAACGCCGUGGGCAGCGGCGCCAACCUGGCCUACAGCGUCUGCCCCAGCAUGCACCUCCACCCGGAGCACCACGCCUCCGAUCUCCACCUCCACUACGAGCAUCCGGCAGCAGGGGCGGUGACGGCAGCGGUGACCUCAGAUCUUCAUGCUGUCCAUCACCAUGAGCGGGGAGCCACAGAGGGCCUCAGGCACCUAGGGGCCAACGCCUGGAACGCACAGGGACAUCAUCAGCACCCUCUCUCCGCCUCCUCCCUCCUCACCAUCGCCCCAGGCUUCCUGGGCUCCACCCCAGGACAGGUGCCUCACGCUGGGAAUGAGGACGCUGGUCUGCCCCUUGAUGACACUGCUGGUGGUGGUGGUGGUUCUUUAGCCAGUAUAAGCCAGUCUCAACCCAGUCUGUGCACUCAGCCCCCCCACGCCUCAGACUUCUCCAACCUCCUCUCCAGCGCCCCCACCUCCACGCAAUCGUUACUGUCUGCGCCCUACCCCAACACCUACACACAUCUGUACGUCCCCACAGAAACUGCCCUACAUCCCCUGGCGCCCCCCCAUAGUGGUCUGAGCGUGGAAUCGUCCAUCGCCCGCCCGCCACUGUCCAAUCGCUGCAGUCCAGACACGUCCAGCCUCCUAGACAGCGCCAACAUGGAAGACGGCUUCUGUCUAGUUGAGAGAUGUCCUUCAUCAUCAACAUCCUCUUCCAUCGCCAGGCAGCCGUCGGUGUCCUCCCUGGGCUCCAGCCCCCUGCGGCUGGACGGCCGGUCCUUGGACUUGCCCCUGCCUCUGGGGGACUCGUCGGUGGGCCACACCAGCCUGGAGUGCCUCCUUGGGGAACAGGGCUCCAUGGAGAGCCGGGACAGUGAGCAGUCGGGCUCACGGAGGUCCAGCGUCGGUCCGCAGUCCUCCUCACAGAGCCAGACUCAGAGCUCCGAGACAUCCUGGUCCCUAGAUCUCAUGGACUGA